UUCACUAAAAGUAGAUCUAGGUCAAACUUUUUCCCCGUGUCUCCAACAAAUCACGUGCAUUUUAAGUUAUAAUUAGAUUCUAGAUCUAGAAUCUAAAUAUGGCUCCUCAUGUCUCGGAAGACAAUGAGUCGGGAGGACAGGUGAGUCACUGGCUUUGAUUUCGUUUUGAGAUGGGGCAGAAUUUUGUGUGACUGAUUAAGCCUUAUAUUCUGGAGUGGCAGAGUUUGACACAGUUCGUGCAUGUAUAGAUCUAUAUAUGUGUAGUGGAGUGGAUAUCUUAUCAGGAAACACCGGCCACCCCGAUAUCCACGUGACCCUUCCCCCUAAAUGGCACCUUGUGUCCGCGCAUGACAAGGCAGACCAACAUGGUCACUGUUGAUUCGACCGGCAUCUCCCGUAUGUUACUGGACCUACGUCGUCUCCACUCCCUGCUUGUGUCUGGUUCUACACCAUGUGUUUAUGUAUGGCUGCAGAUUGUUGAACCAGUCAUUCAUUGACAGUUGUUUAUAGUAAACAAAGGAACAAAAUGAAGACACAAUGUCCAGAUGCAUGAAUUGGAGAUUUAGUAUCAAAAGAAAAAGAACCUCAUAUGCUGAACAUAAAACUUAAUGGUUUUUAUAUGCUCUCAAAACAUCAAAUCUUGCGAAACCAGAGUCCUAUCAAUGGUCUUUUUCCUUCUGUUGGAUCUGACAAGAAUACAAAUAGAAUAGCUCAUGUUCAGGAUUCUAUUUACUGUGCAGUUGCUGUUUGGUCACUGGCUCAAGUUUAUAAUCAGAUUUUCAUCAGAAUAGAUAGCAAUCCUUUGUUAGUCAAUGUCUCACUAAAGAUUGAUGAUGACCAGGGCAGUAUCAUUAGUUGGGCCAAGCUGAUGAUAGGUAUGUUGCAAUGUUGGAUAUUCAAGUUGGCCUCCUUCAGUCUUAGAGCGACUAUGGUUCAUCUCAAACACUUUUCCAUGUGCAAUGUUGGAUAUGACAGGCAGAUAAAGUGA